AUGGCAACAACCGAGAUGGAGGAGCACCCUACCCUCCACAACGAAACUCACACCACCUCCACAACUACAGCUACAGCUACAACUACAACUACAACCGCAACCACUGCAACCUCCGACACUAACGGCUUCUCAAACGGAUACACCCACACAAAUGGACACGGGCAUGCAAACGGAGUCAUAAAGAAGAGAAAGAGCGCACUCUCGCUCCACAACCCGGACGAGCCCAAGACCGGUGGAAACAAGACUGUCCGUUUCGACAGCAACCUUCCUUCUUCCCACAGCUCGUCUUCGUCCCUGGCAUCCUAUGACUCUGGGGUUUCCGUCUCUCCGUCCUCUUUCUUACCUCCUUCUUCGCCUUCAUCGUCCUCGACCACUGUAUCCUCGGCCGACGGAAGGACGAUCACAACAACCACGACCACAUCCUACACAAAGACAUUUGUCUCGGACGAUACAUCUUCCAAAAAGCAGCCUUCGGUGCAAUCGUGGACAGCUCUCGAGUACAUUGUUCAGAGCUCAGUCUUCCUGUUGGUCCUUGCUCACAUCGUUGUGGCCCCCUAUACCAAAGUCGAGGAGAGCUUCAACCUACAGGCAACUCAUGAUAUCCUCAACUAUGGAAUGACCUCCAAGGGUGUUCAGCAGGUAAACUACAUAAGCGAUAUCAUCUCAUUGUUAUUCUUGUCAGCUUUCUUUGUCCAAUAG